CCCAAUUCAAAUAUUUUCAGCACUAAUUCCUUUGUAUUCAAACCAUAAUGGAUAUUUCUAAGGUUUCCCUAGCUCUUGCUUGUCUCCUGGUCCUAGCCCAUAUCCUCCCCUCCCAUGCCCAGCUCUCUCCACAAAACUUGAUCAAUGCACACAACUCAUCUCGUGUUGCCGUAGGUGUUGGCCCCAUGACUUGGGACCCCACUUUGGCUACAUAUGCACAAAACUACCUUAACAAGCACAUCAAUGACUACAAAAUGGUGCACUCUGGUGGACCUUAUGGCAAGAACCUUGCGUGGAGCAACGGUGACCUGACUAGCAUGGUUGCUGUCCAAAUGUGGGUUAAUAAGAAGGCUGAUUAUGACUACCAAUCCAAUAGUUGCGCCGCCGAUAAAGUUUGUGGGCAUUACACUCAGGUGGUGUGGCGCAAGUCACUCCGUUUGGGAUGUGCUAAGGCCAGGUGUAACAACGGUGGAACACUUAUCAACUGUAACUACGACUAGGGGUGGGCAUCGGUUCGGUUCGAUUGGAACCAAACCUCAAUUAAUGGUUUUAAUCGAUUGAAUAUUUUGUGAGAUAACAACCAAAAAUCAAUUCAAAUAACACUUCGGUUUUUUGGUUUUGGCAAUCAAUUUGUCAAUUUGGU